AUGGGCCCCUAUUAUACCGCCUCCUCAUGCUGCUGCCAGGUCCACAGUCUCUCAUGAUGCCAUGUGCCACUUUCAGCUGCUGCCAGGCCCCCUAAUCUGCCAUGGGCCCCUAUACCGCCUCCUCAUGCUGCUGCCAAGUCCAGAGUGUGUCAUGGGUCCCUGUACGGCCCUCCCAUUGCUGCUGCCAGGCCCCUAAUCUGCCAUGCACCCCUAUACCGCCUCCUCAUGCUGCUGCCAGGCCCGUAAUCUGCCAUGGGCCCCUAUACCGCGCCUCCUCAUGCUGCUGCCAGGUCCAGAGUCUGUCAUGGGUCCCUGUACGGCCUCCCAUUGCUGCUGUCUCCAUCGCCACACUCUGCCAUGUGCCACUUUCAGGUCUCCUCACACUCCUGCUGGUUUCCAUUUUGUCAUAGGUUGCUGUAUGCGGCCUCCCAUUGCUGCUGCCUCACACCGCCACACUGUGGCUCCAAACACUGGUUUUGGCCCCGUGACUGGCCAAAUGAGUGAAGUGUGCGGUGAUUCUAAGAUCGACGGCACUCAUCUGCAUGUCAUACUGAGUGACAGUAUUAUUUCUCUUCCCCAGCAGACUCCAAGGGCAUUUAAAUUAAAGGUACAGUGUUCUGCACUAAUAUUA